CACAACAUCACCUUCUAUCAUGGAUGCGGAUCCGAAUGAAUAUCUGCGUAAACAUGACGAUGUGAAAUUGCGAAAGCCACCACGAACUGAAGUUCAUGUGGGAAUUGCAGGUCCCGUGGGUCAAUCAUUCGGUAUCGUAGAGAAGAACUGGACAUGUCCGAAGUGUGGAAAUAGCAACUUUGGAACGGGAAAUUAUUGUCACAUCUGUAGAGAAAAGAAGCCCCUCGGCGGAGGAGGUCUUCAAAUGGACACAGCCAUGGUUCGUGAUCAAGCUGGAGAAGCCUCCCAGUGGAGAGAGGCGAUCGAUCCCAAAACCGACAGUCUAUAUUACAUCAACACAGUCACCGGGCAGACGCAGUGGCAGCGUCCCGCCGAGCUGGGUCCCGUGGCGUCCGGCACGGGCUGGUACGGCCGCGGCGCUCCUGGCGAUGCGCUGUCCAUCGCGUACGACCGUCAAAACGAGCAGUUCCUAAAGCGUCCUGCGCGGAAGCAAGUGGAAUGGAUCGCGGCGAACCGCUCGCGGCGCGAGGGCAACAACGAAUACAACAUCUGGUACGGUCGGUGGGUGGGCGACAACUGGUCGUACGGAAUGGAGCAAGGCGAGCCAGCGACGACGCGGUGCAACGUGGCGCGCGACGCCGGGUACACGCGCGCGGACAAGGCGGCGGCGGAGGGAAAGGAGGCGUGGUUCUGCAUCCAUUUCGCGCGCGGGUGCUGCGCGAAGGGAAGCGCGUGCGAGUACUACCAUCGCAUCCCGAUCCCCGCGGAUCUCAAAAACAUCAAGCUGGACCGGGACUGCUUCGGCCGCGAGCGAUUCGGCGAGCAUCGCAAGGAUAUGGGCGGAAUCGGCUCGAUCAACGACGCGUGCCGCACGCUGUACGUGGCGGGUCUGAAGCGUCUCGACGGGUACGACCUGAAAGAAGCGAUCACGCGGCACUUCUCGGAGUUCGGCGAAGUGGAAUUAGUGAACGUGAUCUUCCGCCUCUCCAUCGCUUUCGUGCGAUUCCGAAUGCGCUGCAGCGCCGAGUUCGCCAAGGUCGCCAUGGCCGGACAGGCUCUGGACCAGCAGGAAGUGCUGAACAUCCGCUGGGCGUUCGCCGAUCCGAACCCGGUCGCGAAGGAGUCCAUCGUGCGCAGCGAUCGCGACGCGCUGAUUCUCGGUCUGGAAGCGCGCGGAAUCGACCUCCAGGACCCUGGAUAUCAGUUCCCCGCCACGUACCAACCGCAGAGCAACGCGGACGCGACGAACCCGAACGCGCUGCCCGACACGUCGCAGCAAUUCGACCGCGCGGCGGCGAUGGGAUACGGCGUGCUGGAGAAGCGGAAGAAGAAGGCCGAGGCGUUCGUGGAGACCAAGACGUUCGAUGAGAGCGCGUAUGAGCAGGCGACGAAUGAGGCGGAGGACGAGGAGCUGGAGAAGGGGCUUGUAAGCGAAGAUGUGCAGAGGUUCUUGGAUGAGCAGGAAAUGAAGAGAAACGAGGCGGAGAGGGCGAAAAAGGAGGCGGAAGCAGAAGCAGAAGCGGAGAAGGGGAAGUGAGAAAUGGAGGU